AUGCGAUAUUACUCUCUCUGCGCUCUGCUCGCCAGUAUCGUGGUUGGCGGCGCGCUAGGGCAAGGGUUCCCCGGCCUUCCUGGCUUCAACCUGGGCGUGAAUACGACCAAGCUGUCGUCCGAGAUCAUUCGUGUGGCUCGUCCAACGCCCGCGCCGGCAAGCAUUUCGCCGCCGCCAGCCGUGGCGCCACGUGCGACACCAGCCUUCGAGGCCGCCCGUAGUCCGCCGAGUUCCGCAGCGGCAGCCAAGCCAACCCCGGCGCAGGCGACGGCUCCUACGUCAUUCGCGCCAACACCCCAGAGUCGCUUUGAAGCCAUGCAAGCACCGAGUGCGAGCUCGUCCGAGGCCAGCUCUGGCUUGUCUGAUGGCUCGUCGGGAUCGAGCUCGUCGAGUCAAAGUGGCGCAGCUCUCGUGCCCAUGGCCGCCCCGAACGCAGAGAUUGUGGUUGGGAGCAACGCAUCCAACACGACGACAAGUCGCCCGUGGCUCGGGAAGCUCAUGCCGACAACGGUGCCCGGGUCACCGGCACGUCCACGUGCCACAGUGGCACCGCCGCAAAUGAAGGAAUCGGUGCCGCGACCGGCGCCAACCACCCGGCUUACUGCGAUGCAGAGUGCCCGCCAGCCUCCAGCGGCGGAAAGCGCUCGCGCACCGGCCCCUGUACCCGCCAAGGCCGUUGCGAACGACGACCUCGAGUUUCCUUGGAAGCGGCUGGACCUUGCCCUCGCCGACUAG